AUGUUUAUGAAGUGCCCCACUCCAUCUUUCAAGAGAUGCCUGCAUCUGGUGCCGGUGAGUAACGGCAAUGUCAUCGACACAGGAACACCUACCCUACUGCACAUGGUGGGCACGGGGAUGGCGACCCCGUUCCCUGCGGCGGCGGCGGCUGCGGCGGCAGCGGCGCAGUUCGCAGCCAACGGCGACCUCACCGGGGUGAAAACAGAGAGCGGCUCUACAGCCCAGCCACAGCCCUCGCUCGUCAAAAGCGAAGGACCACCUUCACAAGCACCGCUCCCGCCCAACAAUUUCUCACCCCAGCCACCUUCACAGGGACACACGCAGAGUUCAUUGGAUAAUCAAAAUAAUAACUCUCAAAGCGAAGGCGAGUCGACGGAGGAGAGCACGCCGGCGAGCGCGGCGGCGGCGGCGCACGCGGCGGCGGCGGCCGUGAGCGCGGCCGUGGCCGCCGGCGCCGCGCCGCAGCCGCCCGACAAGAGCCUCGUGCCCGUCUCGCAGGCCUCGCAGCCCAAGCGCCUGCACGUCUCCAACAUACCCUUCCGCUUCCGCGACCCCGACCUCAGGAACAUGUUCGGGCAAUAUGGCACGAUACUUGAUGUAGAAAUUAUCUUCAACGAACGCGGCUCGAAGGGAUUCGGUUUUGUAACAUUCGCAAAUAGUGGUGAUGCGGAGCGAGCACGAGAGCGUCUACACGGCACCGUGGUUGAGGGCAGAAAGAUAGAGGUUAAUAACGCCACAGCGAGAGUGCAGACAAAGAAAUCGCCUGCAGUUCCUAACGUGUGUGUCCAGUGGCCCGAAGGUGAGACGCCUUGACCAUUCUAUCUAGUCCUAUGUGUGUUGCAUGUAGCCCCCGCGCCGCGCGGCCGCUCCCCGCGCGCGCCGCCCGCCGCGCCGCUCCCCCACCCCCUCCAGCACGCCGUGCUGCCCCGCGCCGCCGCCUUCGCCUCGCCGUUGCACGCCUACGCGCCUGUGUAUUACGACCCGUUCUUAGCUGCAGCUGCUACGGCUGACUCCAACUACAGACUUCAGGCGGCGAAGCCCGCAGCCGAGGCGGCAGCGGCGGCGGCGGCGGCGGCCGCGCCCCUGCUGAAGGCGCCGCUGACGACGGCGCAGCACGCGGCGGCGGCGGCGGCGGCCGCCAACUACGGCGCGGCGGCGCGCGCGGCUGCGGCGGCCGUCAGCGCCGCGCCCGCGCCCCUCGCCGCCGCGUGAGUGCCCUCCAGGUAUGGAAGAGAAUACGCAGAUCCAUAUUUAGGGCACGGUAUCGGACCAGUAACAGGUUAUGGGACCGCCGUUUACAGAAGCGGAUACAACAGAUUCGCGCCUUACUAAGCCAGUGGAACAAAGUAGGAUUUUAUUACUCGAAUACGAAAACUUCGUCAUCUCUACGUAACAUGACAAUGAACUCUCUUUGUAAACGUACAAAAAUUAAUUAUAUGUAUCAGUAAUAAUAGAUCUAGCCGAUUACUACGAGUUUAAGUAAGCUUGGUUAGCGGUCGCCGGCCGAAUCCGGAGUGCACCGGGCCUCGGGCCGGAUCUUAUGAAUACCAAAGUCAUUAAAAUUUCUAACAGAAAUAGUUGAUUAAGUUGAACUGUAUUGUAAAUUAUGUGGGAAAUACAUGUACAAGUGCGAGCAGCUAUCGGAGGUGCGUUCGUUCUUUAGAUAUUUGUAAGAGUUACUAUUUUACUAAUACGCGCAGGCGAACUUUGUACCUACAUGUUGUUGAUGUACGGUAUCCUAGAGUAGUUGUUACGUUCAUACUGUUGACAAUAGAACAUUUCAUGUAACGAUAUAUUUAGUGAGCUUUGCACUUGCAUAUCAUAUGAAAAUUGUAAAUAUUGAAUUAGAGCACGUUUUACUAAUUUUACAGCAUACUUUUAAUUUAAUAAUACAUUAUUUUUACGCUUUCAUAAUGUGUAGAAUGCAAAAAAAAAAACAAUUUAAAUGAAUUGGUUACUAAAUAAAUUUAACUACCUAGACUUCAUACUAAAUUGGUUAAAAUACGGUGUGCUGUCCCCUAACUUUGUUUUAUCUUGAAAUGUUAUUUUUGAUACUGUGUUUUAUUUUAUCUGUAUUUUAUACCUAAUAUAUCCUACAUAUAAA